AUGGAUCGAAGUGUUCUUUUUAACCUCCGGCAGACUCUAACAAAACAUGAUCCAAAAACUCCAACUGAAAAAGAUCAGUGUCGUACCGAGUCUUUGGUUAAAAAGGCUUACAGCGAAAAACUCGAUAAGUGGGGAGAAGUGGCCUUGCGUCUGUUUAAAAUUGAACAUAUAAAUUACCUGUCAAAGCGAUUAGUUGAUCUUCCAACUGGAAUUGAACAUCUGGACGCAAGUCAGCCUUGGCUAGGCUACUGGAUUAUUCACGGACUGCGCCUGCUGUGUUAUCAGCUGUCUAAUCAGCAAAAGUGCAGUGUUAUUGCUCUUCUUAAAAGCUGCCAGCAUCCCGAAGGCGGAUUUGCUGGGGGUCCGCGUCAGUUAGCACACCUCGCGCCAACCUACGGCGCUAUCAACUGUCUUGCUUCUCUUCUCUCGGCGGAUGCGCUCGACAUAAUCGACAGACAAAAACUCGGUGACUGGCUCGCUUCUCUGCGUCUAUCGAACGGUUCUUUCCUUAUGCAUCACGGCGGUGAAGUUGAUGUUCGUGGAGCUUACUGCGCAGUAUCUUCUGCAGCCCUCACCGGCCUCCUUCAAUCAAGGCCCGAAUUGUUUGACGGAACAGCUGAAUGGAUCGCCAGUUGUCAGACUUACGAAGGCGGGUUCGGUGGACAGCCAUGUGUGGAGGCUCACGGUGGAUAUUCAUUUUGCGCUUUCGCAGCCCUCCGCAUCCUGCAAAGAACAGAUCUUGUUGACAUUCCUCGACUUCUAAAAUGGGCUGCUUGCCGCCAGAUGCCAACUGAGGGUGGCUUCCAGGGGAGAACUCAUAAACUCGUUGACAGCUGCUACUCCUUUUGGUUGGGCGCGCUAUUUCCCCUCAUAGAGCAAACACUUCACGAGCAAUCCAAAACUUUCUCCUCCUCCUCCUCCUCGACCUGCCUUCCCAAGAACUCCGGCGCACUCUUCGACACCUCAGCCCUGCAGGAGUACAUUCUCCUUUGCUGUCAAAGGGUCUUCUACAUGCGGCCCGGUCUGUCGGUUCCCAUUCAGCAGAAUAAGAGCGACGUCAACGGGGGUGGCCUGAUCGACAAACCGGGCAGAAACGUGGACCCCUAUCACACCUGCUACGCCUUGAGUGGCCUCUCCUUGGCCCAGCACUGUCCGCGCGUCCCUUCGGAAGCCUUUGACGAGGACACAGACGGACCGUUCCCGCCUGCGCCGUGUCAGGACGUCGCUGGUGCCCAGUGGGGAAAUGAGCUCGCCGACCUAGACCCCACCUUCAACAUCGUCGUCGAUGCCGUGGCCUUCACGAGGACCUACUUCACCCUGCGUGAUUCUGGCGUUGCUCGGGAAACUGCCAUCGAGUGUGCAGUGGAGGCAGCCGACAGAGUCGCCUCGGAAAUAGACAUCGCCGCCGUCGACGACGGCGUGGGAGACAGCGGAGAAGGAGAGAGCCCCAAGACACCCGACCAUCUCCCGAAUAUCUGUACUUCGCCUUAG